CAAAAGAUGAUCGACAAAGAUAUGAAUUUAAGGGACGGAGCUACCAACUAGACCACACUUACAUGACCUUGCAAGUCUUUGUCGUUGGGGAGAAGUUGACCCCAGGCCCCUUGGAUGUUUUUCUUGUGACGGAAGACCAUCAAGUGGUGGAUUUGCCACCUGUACGGCACCAAGCCAAACUCAGCUGUGACAUUGGCCGCUGGCUUUUCUUUAGGGUUCGAACACCUGCAGUGCCGCAGCGAAUAGCGAAAGGGGCCAUGGGCGGUGGCGGCGACUUCGGCAAAGGAAAGGGCAAGGGGAAGAAAGGCAAGGGCAAGGGCAAGGGCAAGGGCAAGGGCAAGCAGGAGGAGAAGCAAUGGGCGCCCAUGACUAAGCUGGGGCGAUUGGUGAAUGAUGGAAAGAUCCAGAAUUUGGAGGAGAUCUACCUGCACUCGCUUCCCAUCAAGGAACCUGAGAUCAUCGACCAUUUCUACCCACCCGGCUCCUUGAAGGACGAAGUGCUGAAGAUCCACCCUGUCCAGAAGAUGACUUCGGCAGGACAGACGAACCGCUUCGUGUGCUAUGUGCUGGUGGGCGACACCAAUGGGCACAUUGGCCUUGGCUCCAAGUGCGCGAAGGAGGUGGCCACUGCCAUUCGUGGUGGCAUCAUCGCGGCGAAGUUGAACCUCAUCCCGGUCCGACGAGGCUUCUGGGGGAACCGUAUCGGCUUGCCACACACCGUACCCAUGAAGGUCCACGGCAAGUGCGGCUCGGUGCGCUGCCGCUUGAUCCCCGCGCCCCGCGGCUCCGGCAUCGUGGGCUCGCCGGUGAUGAAGAAGAUGAUGGCAUUCGCCGGCAUCUCGGAUUGCUUCACCUGCUCCUGCGGCCACACCAGGACCACGGCCAACUUCGCCAAGGCCACCUUCGAAGCACUGAAGGCCACCUAUGGCUACCUCACGCCGGAUCUGUGGAAACCCACCAACCACUGCAAGUCGCCUUUCCAGGAGUGGUCCGACUGGCUGAGCCAGUCCCAGAAGGCGAGGAUCAUUCCAGUGGUUGAUGCUGCGUACUGAGAGUGGGAAAAAAAGGAGCUGCGGAGGUGUUCGAAAA